AUGUGCAAAGAAUACGAGCAGAUCCACGCUUGCCGCCACUACGGCGCAAAACGCCUCGAGAUGUGCGCGCCCAUCCGCGCCCGCCGCGGCUUCUGCACCGGCGUCGCCGAAUUCUACGAGCGCGUCGGCGAAAAGUGUCCCAGCUGCCAGCGCGCCGAGGGCUGGCUGCACGAGGGCAAAGCCGCCACUGCCGUCGCCGCCCUAGCCAAGUAA